AUGAGUUCCUCACUAGUGCCAACCUAUGGUUCAAUUAAUAAUGAAAACAUCCAGCAGGACGUCGAAUCUAGGACAUUGACUGUUGUUUCUUCUAAUAAGUCAUUAUCCAGAUAUUUAAAGAAAACUAGCAUUCGCAAAGAAAUCAAAUUCGUAAUACUUAAUGCUGUCCCGAUUGUACUCACAUUUUUGAUGCAAUACUCUCUAACAGUAUCAUGUUUAUUCGUUAUUGGUAACCUAUGUAUUGAUCCCGAAACUGGAUCCAGUGCAGAAUAUCUAUCAAGUGCCUCGUUAGCCGUCAUGACCUAUAAUAUCACUGGGCUUGCUGCUAUUGAGGGAAUGGCUACUUCUCUCGAUACCUUUUGUCCGCAAGCGUAUGGUGCAAGCAAAUAUAAAAAGGUUGGUUUGUACACCCAAAGAUGUACCCUGAUGAUCAUGUGUAUUUUAACACCAAUUGUCAUUUCUUGGUGGUUCAGUGCAUCCUGGUUGAAGUUCGUUAUCCCUGAAGCCGAUGGACUAUUGGUAAACGUUCAAACUUAUCUAAGACUUUUAAGUUUUGGUUUGCCAGCGAUUAUUAUGUUUGAAACCGGAAAAAGGUUUGCACAAAGUCAAGGAUACUAUAAAAUCACGACUUUUUCCUUAUCUUUUAUCUUCCCAAUUAAUAUUUUAUUGAUAUACAUUUUUACCAAAAAGUUUGGUUUUAUCGGUGCGCCAUGUGCCAUUGUCAUUUCUGACUGGCUGAUGUUUUUAUCAUUAACGCUAUAUUGUAUCUACGUUAAGCCAGAUACUUUAAAAUGUUGGCCAUCAAUCUUAAAAUAUAAAGAAGAAGAAAAAGAAGAAGAAGAAAGUCUCAGAGUUGACAACGAGAGCAAUGAUAUUUUUGGAACACCUUCGCAGUCCCUAUUAUUUACUGUGGACAGAAACUGUACAAACAACAAAAAAAAAAGACAUCCUAUUUUCCAGCAUUGGUUGCCUAUGUGGAACUUAUCUUUCCCCGGUUUAGUUAUGAUUGAAAGUGAAUAUCUAUCUUUUGAAUUAUUGACUAUAAUGUCCACUUAUUUUGGAGUUGAAGCUAUUGCAGCACAAACUAUCAUCGCAACCAUUGGUACUUUGAUUUAUCAAAUCCCAUUUGCAUUUGGAUGUGUUAUAAGUACAAGAAUAGCGCAUUAUAUUGGUUCAUACUACCAUAUCCAUUGUAAAAAUAGUGAUUACCCCGUUGAUCAAAGUAUAGCAGAAGAAAGCGUAGUAGAACCUAAGUUGGCCGAAUAUAAUGCUAAAACCACCAUUAAAGCCACAUAUAUACUUGCAUUUGGUCUAGGCUUUGUGACCUUUGUUUUGUUAUUUGUUUCAACUGAAAAAUUAGCCAGAUUGUUUACCAAAGAUGAGACGGUAAUUAAAUUAAGUUCUCAUACGCUACCUGUAAUUGCUGUAAACCAAAUACCGUACAGUUUUAAUAUUUUUAGUUCUAGUAUAAUGAGAGGACAGGGUAGGCAAAGCAUUUGUAGUAAAUUAAAUAUUGUCGGCUACUAUGCUAUUGGGUUGCCGUUGAGCUAUAUAUUCGCAUACAAAAUGAAUUUAUAUUUAAGUGGCUUGUGGUUGGGUUGCACUUGUAGUGUGUUGUUUUUGGGUAGCACUCAAAUUUACUAUGUUAUUAAAACUAAUUGGAAAUCAGUUUUUGGUGCCUUUAUUAAAAGAAUGGAGGUUGAAGAUGUGGAAAUAUAA